AUGGGAUUGGCAGUUGCACUGAUGAUUAUCGCAACCUCAAUGCUGGUGGGUUGCACCAAUAGUAUGGCAGUCUCGGCUUUGGAUGAAUCGGGAGUGAUUCAUGUAGGUGGAAAAGUGCUGUGCCAGGACUGCACCCAGGGCUGGAACGAAUGGGUUAAUGAUGGCAAGCCAAUCAAAGGAGUUAAGGUGUCUCUAACGUGCAUGGACAAGAGAAGUAGGGUUGUGCAUUAUUCAAGUGAUACAACAGAUGAGCUCGGGCAGUACGAUAUGACUGUAAAUAAGUAUGUCUACGGCAAGGAAUUGGAUACAAAACUAUGCUCAGUGAGGUUGGUGUCGUCUCCAGAUUAUGUUUGCAACAUCCUCACUGACUUUGGUGGUGGAAAGUCUGGCGUCCAGCUCAACUACGCAACUUCAGUCUAUCGUGGUUUGAUCAAAUACGCGCUCAACCCUUUCUACUAUACCACUCCUAUGUGCGCUAAGCCCGACACAGACGUCUCUGAUUCUGAACCUAAAGAUUCCCAAGGACAAGGAGGCCAUUACUAA